GUCACUUUGCAAGCAGCUAGAUCUAUAUAUUUUGCUUUCGAAUUUAUGAAGUGCAGUGAUUGGCGUAUUUUUUUGCAUUAAAUUUUGCAACAUUGACAGUAGAGCAGCAGUGAGAUAAAUUAGAUUUUACAAUUAAAAUAUUUACAUAACUUUUCACAUUUUUGUUUGUAAAAAUUCUCUAGAAAGCAGAACGUGUUAAAGUUUUGCUUGGAAAUAAAUACAAGGGGUCAAUAAAUCAUCGGCAGCUUGUUGUUUUUAGCAACAAGAAAAAAACUAAAAAGAUAAUUAUUUUAUUAACAAGUAUCUGCCCUUCGUUUGGUUGUAAGUAAGCAAGUUUCAAAAUGUCACAAAAACGCGCUGCUGGUAUGGUUGGAAAACUUUUUGAAAAUCUCAAAAGUAAAGAAUUUCGUGAAUAUUUAAUGAGCACACAUUUCUGGGGUCCAAUAGCUAACUGGGGUAUUCCUAUUGCUGCUUUAGCUGAUAUUAAUAAAGAUCCUAAAAUCAUUUCGGGUCGCAUGACUCUGGCUCUGACCCUGUACUCUUUAGUGUUUAUGCGUUUCGCCUGGAAGGUACAACCUAGAAACAUGCUAUUGUUUGCCUGCCAUUUAACAAAUUCAACGACACAGUCUAUACAGGGUAUUCGUUUUAUCAACUACAACUAUUUAUCCGAUAAUAAAGAUAAAAAACAAGCUGCCUAAAAAAGACACUCAAAUACGUAAAUCUAAACAAAGAAAACUUAGCAUAAUCAAAGCAAAAAUACAUUAAAACCUAGUUUAAUUUGUAAAACAAAAUUUUGAAAUCUCCCUUAAAACGCACGAUUUAUAUAGUUUUAAUGUUGUUCAUUUCUGUGUUUUUUUUCUCAAACAUACAGCAAAACACCUGUUAAUAAUAUUUACAAAAUAUAGUAACAACAAAACAAAUGUACAAUAUACUAAAUAAAUAUAAAUAUAGUUAAAUAUACAUACUAAAUAAAUAUUAGUGCAAAAUUAAAAAAAAACUAUUAAUUGGCAUAAUUUCAGUUAGUUUAAAGAUGCUAUUGCAAAAUAUUAUUAUUAAACACACGCAAAUUGAUUGGAAACACGCAUAAAUUGGUUUUAAAUUUGUAUAAUUUUCAGAGUAAUUUGAGGGUUUUUUUUUAAUAGUAGUGUUGCAAAGGGGAUAGAAACAUCUAGUCUAACGGGUGCAAUUUUUAGUUAAAACUUUAAAUAUUAUUUAGUAGAAAUACUUGUACACUAUGUAUAAAUAUAUAUUAUGUACGCCAGUACAACAUUAAGUGCCAUUUUCAAAUAAGUUCGAAACAAAUAAAAUGAAAAAGUAUAAAUAAAAGAAA